AUGCACCUUCAUUAUAGUGCUUUGGCUUUUGAUCUGGAGGACAACACUGAGGAAGGUGCCUUUCUUCCAGGAGCUUUGCAACAUGUUUCUACAGCCCGUGAGUCGACCAACGACGAGCUCAAGAGCACGGAAGCGUGUCAUCCGUUUUCACUGACAUUUCUGCAGGAGUUCCCCUCGAAGGGUAAAUUUACAUUUCCCACUAUCAACGGAAGGGAGCAUACAUUUUGCUCCCUCGCUCUUUCUUUCCAUCAUGUGCCUCUCUCACCUUUCCGAGGAGGAGUGACUGACACCGGAUACUUGCGACAGCCCGCAAAUUUCUCGCCUACUCUGCUCGCGGUACAGUGCCAUUGGCAGCAAUGCGGCAGGGAGUGUGCUUGGGUGAGAGAAAAGUCUGCACAACUCCUCUACACGUCACAGCCUUGGCGAGGUCGCCGAUGA